CUCUGCCCACCUGCCCAUCUGACCGCUGCCCUCCCUCCCUGACCCACAGGCCCGUUCUUCCGCUACCGCACCUACCUGGACUGGCUGGAGCAGCCCUUCCCGGGGGCCGUGCCAGCCUGCGGCCCCUGCUGCGCCGCGCCUGGCCGGCCCCGCUCUUCGGCCUGCUGUUCCUGCUCUCCUCCCACCUCUUCCCGCUGGAGGCCGUGCGCGAGGACGCCUUCUACGCCCGCCCGCUGCCCGCCCGCCUGUUCUACAUGAUCCCCGUCUUCUUCGCCUUCCGCAUGCGCUUCUACGUGGCCUGGAUUGCCGCCGAGUGCGGCUGCAUUGCCGCCGGCUUCGGGGCCUACCCCGUGGCCGCCAAAGCCCGGGCCGGGGGCGGCCCCACCCUCCAAUGCCCACCCCCCAGCAGUCCGGAGAAGGCGGCUUCCCUGGAGUAUGACUAUGAGACCAUCCGCAACAUCGACUGCUACGGCACGGAUUUCUGCGUGCGGGUGCGCGAUGGCAUGCGGUACUGGAACAUGACGGUGCAGUGGUGGCUGGCGCAGUACAUCUACAAGAGCGCCCCUGCCCGCUCCUAUGUGCUGCGGUGAGUGAGCCCGCCCAGCCUCAGGGACGGUACAGAACUGCAUCUCCCAGCAGGCCCCAGGGUAGCCUGCGGCUUCCCUGGCUGGGCCCCUGCCCCGGAGGCUCGCGGGAGUUGUAGUUUGUUUAGCCUGGUUUUGCCCUGCCUCUAAUUAGUGGCAGCACGCUGGUGUAAAUAGUUCACCGUCAUGGGGCCUCAGUUUCUGCUUCUGUAAAGUCAGCCUUACUCUACAGAAGCAAUGUACUGAGGCUUGUGGACUCAAUAGCUAGCCUUCCUGGAAUUUCAGCUGUCCAGGUUAUGGAGAAACCUUGAGGAGUUAGUUGACCUCUUGGUUGCCUCGAGUAUUAAACGGAGUUAAUGCUUUUUAUUACUGGUUUCAUAGGUAGAUGAAAGGAUUAAAUGCGAUAGAAUGUGAAAUGUA